UCAAGGAAUAACUCCCUGCUGCCUCUCUCUCUCUUCUUCUGUUCCUCGACUCCCUCCAUCCUCCUCCUCCUCUUCCUCCAGCACACCGCUUUCCCCUCUCCCCUCUGCCGCUUGUUUUCAUUUCAACUUGAACCAUCCGCGCAUUUAAUUUUUAAUGAUCCACGUAGAGCUCGCUCAGUCUCCCUUUCUCUCUCUCCCUCCUCUCUCCCUCUACUCUCUGCUCCCCUCUUCGCCACCUGUUAGUCUCCCUCUCCUCUCCGUGCUGGGAUCUCCUCAUUUUUUAUGAAGAGUUUCACACUUGCGCUAUCACUGAGCCCCAUGACUGUGCGAAAAGGAAAACGUUUGGGCAUCACCAUCCAGGAGCACAUGGCCAUCGACGUCUGCCCAGGCCCCAUCCGCCCCAUUCGCCAGAUCUCCGCCUACUUCCCUCGCCUCUCGCCCACUUCCUCCUUCUCUGAGCCGCUCUCGCCCAAUCAGGCGGCAGCUCCCACUGCGCUCAGCCCCGGCAGCGCAGGUCAAGGUGGAGGUGCUGUUGGAGGUGAAGGAGGAGGAGGAGGAGGGGGAAGCAGUGGACUGUUGUCACCGCUGUUGCCGGGCGCCGCGGGUGGAGGAGGCUCGCUGUCGGCCAUGAGCAGCAUGGACACUUCCAUCGAGAUUGACAGCUGUGACAGCGACGAUAACACCUCCUUGGGGACGCUGGAGUUCGACCUGCUGUAUGAAAGGGCCACCAGCUCUUUACACUGCACCGUUCUCAGAGCAAAGGGUCUGAAGCCGAUGGAUUUUAACGGUUUGGCCGAUCCCUAUGUCAAACUGCACCUGCUGCCGGGAGCCUGCAAGGCCAAUAAGCUGAAAACCAAGACGGUUCGCAACACACUGAAUCCUGUGUGGAACGAGACGCUCACCUACUGCGGAAUCACCGAGGAGGACAUGUACCGCAAAACACUCCGGGUGUCCGUGUGUGACGAAGACAAGCUGACACAUAAUGAGUUCAUCGGGGAGUCGCGGGUGGCCCUGCGCCGUGUGAAGCCUGACCAGACCAAACACUUUAACAUCUGUCUCGAGCAUCCACCUCCUCUGCCUUCACCGACUGCGAUGAGCACAGCCCUCAGAGGAAUCUCCUGCUACCUGAGAGAGUGGGAGACUGAGCAGCAAAGAAGUCUAGAGGAGAGAGGGCGUUUGCUGCUCUGCCUACAGUACCUCCCUCCUGUUAGCGACGGUGAUGCGAAGGGCGAGGCCAAGGAUAGAGCUCGUGGCGGGCUGUGUGUUGGCGUCAAACGCUGCGCUCACCUGGCAGCCAUGGACGUCAACGGCUUCUCCGACCCCUACGUUAAAACGUACUUGAAGCCAGAUGUCCAGAAGAAAUCCAAGCACAAAACAGCGGUCAUAAAAAAGACUCUGAACCCAGAGUUUAAUGAGGAGUUCUUCUAUGAGAUCUCCUUCUCAGAAUUAGCCACCAAGACGCUGGAGGUCACGGUGUGGGACUAUGAUCUGGGAAAGUCCAACGACUUCAUAGGUGGCGUAUCCUUAGGGUGCCACUCGCAGGGGGAAACUCUGCAGCACUGGAUAGACUGUCUGAAGAACAAGGGCAAGAAGGUAGAGCGCUGGCACACGCUGACCAACGAGCUGCCCGGAUCCACGCUGCAGGAAUGAACUGAGCCUCUGCCACUGUACUGACGCUGCAGGGACUGAAGCCUGAAGACUCGGGAUGAGAGACGCUUCAUCGCAUGCUCCCAAGAUUUUCUGCAUGACUGUGACGGGUUCAUAUCCUACUCAGUUUGUGUCAUAAAUGAGUUCACUAUUCAUACUAACAGACCCAAAGGGCCCACACUUUGGAGAUCGAAGCUCUAAAUUUGGAUCCAGUCGAUACAAAUCUUGAAACUGUGAGAAUUUUCUAAUUAAUAUUCAUUUAUGCCCCCUUUUUUUCUAAAACGCUCCUUGUGCUGCUCCAAACUGGACAGACUUUAAUCAGCAAAAAAAUUGGAAUGAUAUAGAUAUGUAUGAUGAGGGGAAAGGUUUAAAAUUAAUGUCACGUCAUCCCUCAUGUCAGGUUUGUGAUUUUAAAUUCAGCCUGCCAUUUCCAUUAACUACUGACAUUAAUGGUCCACAGUGAUGACCAUCUUCACAGCACAUACCUCUCCCUUGCAAUAAUGUUUUGCCGAAUGCUUCCGAAGACUUCCAAGUGGUCUUAAUACUGUCAGACGUUGGAUCUGAUUGUCACUGGAUCGCCUGCGCAACCUGAUCAGAUAACUUGGUUCUUCCAUGUCGAUGGUUUGUGUGAGUUAUUUGCAUGUUUCGGUGUCGAUGGAGCAAACUUAAAAGACUGCAGGAGGAGAUGUUCCUCAUCGUGUUGUUUCCAAUCCUCCUGAGGUGUGUUUCUCUGAUUAACUAAAGACAAAUGAUGUUUUAUUUAAAGGGUAACACUUUUAUUUAUGUUGUUCACAGUUGUUUGAUGUGUCAGCUCUGAUAUCAGUCAGUUUCUUGUUGACGACACCUUGAUGUUGACCUGAUUUUCACAAUUUGUAAAGGCGAAGACAGUGACGAACUCGAUGGAAAACUUUUGUGGAGCGCUGUGCAUGGUCGUACUACAGUCAUCAGCCUUUGUUUAAUAUCUAAAUUACAACUAUGAAUGGUGUGUAGAGCACAGUGUCGUCUCUUCAUGGCUGCUGCUGCUGCUUUGUUGGAUUGCAUUUACCAAUCUGCAGGUUUUUAUCUGUGCUCAGUCUCAUGUGGUAAACGAGGCAUGCUGAGAAUACCACCGGUGUUCAUAUGUAAAUAUUGAUGGUGUUUCUCUUGCUUUGGAUGUUUGUCUUUUGGAAAGUGUGCAUGAUUGUUUGUGGGGUUUUUUCAUAAAACAUUCAUAAUGAA